GGAGGAUGGAAGUCUUCCACUGCUACUGCUACUUACUGCUGCUGCUCGAAUCACUAACUUACUACCACCUUGAGUCUGCAGAUUUCCAAAGCUGAUGAGCACAACUACCGUUGCACUGGCGCCUACAUUCAUCUUCUCCUCUUUCCCUUUUGACUACCGUUCAUUGUUCACGAUCCUGCCUGCACUUUUCGGAAUCCCAGAUGCGCUUUCCUAGAGUGUGACCGUUCCUGCCGAUGUGCUCGGGUCGCUGCAGAUGAGGCGCGUCUACAAUGUCUUCCUUCUUCGGGAAAUUAAAGAGCCAAAAUGCACCCAGUCCAGCAGUGGGCACCGCCCCGACCAAGAAGGACCCGAAUGCGCCUGUCCCAACCCCUCUAGAGCGCAUGCUCAUGAAUGCUGGUCCAAUCCGUCAUGAUGGAAGCGAUAAAUUCUUUGGUAUGGAGAAUUUCGGGAAUACCUGCUAUUGCAAUUCAAUCCUGCAAUGUCUCUACUAUUCUGUUCCUUUCCGAGAAAAUGUCCUAUCCUAUCCUCGUCGUUCCACGCCCGAAUCUGUUGCCAAAGCCCAGGCAAAUGCACCUCCUCGACAGACCUCGAACCAAGCCAACGGAGCGGCAAAAAAACCACAAGGCCCUAGCUCUUCACGAAACGCUGGCACUCCUCCUCAGCAACAGAAACCCGAGGACAAAGAUUCGCCCGAAUACAAAAAGAAACAGGCGCUGUUAGCGGGCCCCAUACUCAACUUGAGCUAUGAGAACUCGCGGGAUUAUGAAAUGUCAGCGACACUCUUCAGCUCUCUAAAAGAUCUAUUCGAAGCCGUUGUCGUCGAUAAGCAACGAAUGGGCGUGAUCAGUCCGGCCAAGUUCCUGGAGACAUUGCGCAAGGAUAACGAAAUGUUCAGAUCCGCCAUGCAUCAGGACGCGCAUGAAUUUCUCAAUCUCUUGCUUAAUACUGUGGUCGAAAAUAUUGAGGCACACGACAGGACCCUAAUCGCGCAGAAGCAGUCUCAAGACGCUCAACAGUCAGCGGACGACUCUGGUGAUAUAACGAAAUCUCAAUCAGCGACCGUCUCCUUUCCUUCCGUACUCCCUACACCGACGGCUAACUCCAGCACGCGAUGGCUGCGCGAAUUGUUUGAGGGCACUCUAACUUCCGAAACCCGAUGUUUGACAUGCGAAAACGUUUCUCAUCGUGAUGAACCAUUUUUAGAUUUGUCGGUGGAUCUAGAGCAACAUUCAUCUGUGACUGCUUGUCUUCGCAGAUUUUCCGAAGAGGAAAUGCUUUGUGAGCGGAACAAGUUUCAUUGUGAUAAUUGUGGUGGUCUCCAGGAAGCCGAGAAGCGCAUGAAGAUUAAGAGGCUGCCGAGGAUAUUGGCACUUCACCUGAAACGAUUCAAAUAUACCGAAGACCUACAGCGAUUACAGAAGCUGUUCCACAAAGUCGUAUAUCCCUACCAUCUCCGGCUUUUCAACACCACCGACGAUGCCGAGGAUCCCGACCGAAUAUACGAGCUGUACGCAGUCGUGGUACACAUUGGCGGCGGACCUUAUCAUGGACAUUACGUUGCAGUCAUCAAAACUCAGGAUCGGGGAUGGCUGUUGUUCGACGAUGAAAUGGUGGAACCGGUCGACAAGAACUAUGUUCGAAAUUUCUUUGGAGACAAACCUGGACUUGCCUGCGCUUAUGUGUUGUUCUACCAGGAGACCACCAUGGAGGCGAUUCGAAAAGAACAGAAAAUGGAGGGCAAACGACGCGCCUCGCAGGAUCUUGCCAAUGGGCUGGCAGUGGACACCAGACAAUCGGCCGAGCUACACCGAGUCCAAACCGUCAGUCCUGGUACCGAGGGCAUGCAGUAUGCUACGCUUGAUCACGCUAUGACGGCACCCGAGUUCAUGACUAAUGGUCAUAUUGAACCGCCCAAAUCACCUACCCUUACCUCCGACAGACCUGUCAGUCCGGUGGUACAAAGCAAGAAAGAAAAGGCCAAGGAAGACAAGGCACGCAAGGCUGCGGAGAAAGUGGCAGAGAAAGAAAGACAGGAAGCCGAAAAACAACGCCGGAAAGAAUUGGCUACCAAGUUGUCAGAAGCACACAAGCGGCAGGAGGCCGAGCUCAAGGCAGCCCUGGAAGCCAGCAAAGCCUCCAAAGCCGAGGAGGACAAACGGCAUGGCUUGGAACGAUCGGUCACGUCACCAAAUGGCAGCAGCCAUUCGGGUCUCGAUAGGUUCAAGCGAUCCAAGAGCUUGCGCUUUGGGUCGCUGACGAAGAGAGACAAGCCGCAACCGAAGCCUUCGGACGAAAACCUGGCCACGUCGUCAGCUUCUGCGGAAACGGACUCGCCGGACGUCGAAAAGGACAAGGAUAAAGAUACUCCGCCCAGGGAGAAGAAGAAUCGGUUCAGUAUUCGCAAAAAGUCGUUCGGCAUGUUGUCAUGAUGUUUGUGAUGGCCCUAUGGACCGUUUUACCAUGUGCCUGGUCAUAAUCCCGGCGAAAAGAAUUUUUGGGCUUUUUGGAUGGGCUUGUUUCGACAUUGACAUUGACCUUGUUGCCAUGCACAUACCCAAGGUAUACAAGUGACAUAAUGUCCAUGAUUUGUGAUGAUCAUGAUAUAAUGAUAUCGGCCUACCACGAAAAGAGAGUUGAAUCAUCGGGUACAUAUACAAAGGGACAGACAAGAGUCGGACCCGGACUCGGAUUUGGAUGGUUUCUGCUUGUCGUAAAUAUAAUUCUUGUUGCAACUGGAAUCCGCAUG